AAUUUCUAACAUUAAAAAGUUUAUUUUGGGGUGGGUAGUUAGGUAGCUGGGCCCGGUCCCGCGGUCUUGCCUCUCUCCUGUUCCACUCUGGGCCACGAUGCCGCAGUUCCAGACCUGGGAGGAGUUCAGCCGCGUGGCCGAGAAGCUCUACCUCGCCGACCCUAUGAAGGCACGCGUGGUUCUCAAAUAUAGGCAUUCAGAUGGGAGUUUGAGUAUUAAAGUAACAGAUGAUUUAGUUUGUUUGAUGUAUAGAACAGACCAAGCUCAAGAUGUGAAGAAGAUUGAGAAAUUCCACAGUCAACUAAUGCGACUUAUGGUAGCCAAGGAAUCCCGCAGUGUUGCCAUGGAAGCAGACUGAAUGGUUUGAAAUGAAGAUUCUGUCAUGUUAGGAAGUAAAUAUCUUUUGAAUUUGAGAAAAUGCUGGAACAGAAACUACUUUAUGUAACUAAGUGGAGUAUUCAAAAGCCAAGAGAUCAUUUUUUGUAUUUUCUUUUUAAUGUUUACUUUAGAGAGCUAGGAAUGUAAAUGGUUUAAAUUAGAAAACCUUUAUUUAUUUUUGGAAAUUGAACAAGAAUUACAUCUAUCUUGGAAACUUUUUGUGGAUUGUUUGAUGUUGGGUAAAAUAUAUAAUUCUUUGAUAAAUUUGUAUCAGUAAUUUGAAAAUGAGAUAUCAAGAAAAGCCAGUUCUUCCAUCAAUUUAGUUGCUCUAUCUUUAAAAGAAAAUGAAAUGUAACCAUUUUGAUAGAUCAAUAUAUUUCUUUUGGAACAUAAAAUUUGUGCUGUUGAUGACCAAUAAAUAUAAAAUAUGGUAACUGGAAUUAACUGUAUACCAUAAUAUACCUGAUUAUGUAUAAUAGUGUAGUCUUAUUAUAUCUUAAAAAGUAAAAAUGAAUAACAAGUAUGCUUUACCUUAAUCUUUCCGGAUUUAAGCUAUAAUUUUUAGUGUAAGGGAUUUGUGGUAUCAUCACCUUAUUGAGCAAUGACUAGCUUUGCAAAAAUUGGUUUUCAGUGAUCAGAAACGACAGCAGUUAUUUGAAUGCAUGAAUGGAAUGGUAAUCAUUAUAAUGGACUGAAACCACCAUAGUACAGAAAUAUUUACUACAUAUUUUUCAGCUAUAGUUUCUCAGAAGGGCUAAGGAUUAUUCAAACCAUUAAAUCUUUGCUUACCUCAGA